UACGCCCCUUUUAUCCCAGUGGGAGUUUGUUCUGCGGAGGAGGCACCAUCUGGACUUGUCUCUCUCCUCCAGUCGACUGGUAAGCAGCCGCACGUUUUCCUUGUAAAAAUGGGAACCAAGCAAAGUCGAUUGCGACGCAAAGACGAAAAGCUCCCUUCAGAGCUCCUUGGGUGGAGAAAGAGGCGCACAGACGAUAAUGCCCCUUCGGAGAAGGAAAAAGAAGGCGCGGCACACGCAGUUGGACAAGCUGCCACACCCUCUCCAGGUAAGACGGCAAAUUCGAGUGUCUUCGAAAAAGAGGAGGUAGAAGGCGCGGCACACGUAGUUGGACAAGCUGCCACACCCUCUCCAGGGAUCGGCAUCUCCAAGGCAGUAGUAGAGACUGAGCAAAGUCAGUCAGAAUCCUCUCACACUCUUCCCCAAGAAUGUGAAACUGCUACUAAUACCACAAGACUAAACGAGACUAUCAAAGACACUUCAGCUCUUAAAACAGUCAAUACCCUUACAAUAGACAAUACUCAAGAUGUUUUUGAGAAAAUGUAUGAAGCACGAGAGAAGUGGCGUAACAUUGGGGGAGUCUUCCGUCUUUCUGAGUCAACUCUGGAUAAUAUUGACUCCGAGAACAGAAACAAUGACGACAAGCUACGUAAGGUCAUCAUGGAAUGGCUCAAUAGAUACGGAGGAACUGGAGAUUGCACUUGGACCCAUGUGGCCAUGGCACUGAGAAAUAAAACUGUGGCUCGAGAAGAUGUUGCUCGUGAGGUGUUAGAGCAGCAUCCCCAGCCAUGGAGUGUUCCUCCUCCCUCCCUUCCUCCUCCACACACUUCCCCUGACUCAGGAUCUGGAGCUACUGCAGCUACUCCGAAACCCAGUACCUCCCAACCUAAAGCAGAUAAACCAACUGCAUUAAGCAUCAGUUCUAUGCCUGAAAUGGAGAAGAGAAUUUUACAACGUAAGGUUAACGCUGAUACAAACCAUAUGAUAGAGCAGUAUGCGCUGUUGAGGGCUCAAACUGAAAGCCCACCUACAUGAGAUACACUGUGAUGUGAAGAAGCUGUUGGUCUGUAUCAUGGAUGUUCAGCACGUGAGGCGCAUUGCCAAGGUAUCUCCUCUGGUUGAGCUUGUAGCUGAAACCAGCAUUAGUGGAGUUUUUCUAGAACUGGUGACGAAGAGUCUUAUAUCAUUUCUCCAGUUUUCUAUUCUGAAACGAGUAAUUACUGAGCUAUGUACCGGUUCACAAGAACUGCAGGAGAAGCUAAAAGCAUAUGAAUCGGAGUUCAAUGACUACAUUAGACGACGUGUCUGUGAGACUAGUAUAUAUCAUGAAGGAAGAUUCGAGGUCUUCACUGGGAGUCAGUCAGACAAAAAGGUUGAACUAACUAUUAUCACUGACGAGUAUUGGGAUGAUAGUAUCGGAUUUGUCAAAGUGCUUGAUCUGGAGGCUUUGGUAGCGAAAUGUUUGAAUAUUGAUCGUUUCAACCUCCAAAUGUUUAGAAUUGAGCCUAACUGCCUUAGGAUACGGUAUGCUGUAUCCAUUCACAUUGCGAAGACAGUAUUUCCACUAACCAAUGAAGAAUGGAAGCAACUUUGCCAUCUCGGAAUUGUCAAGAUUCAUUGUCCAGAAUAUUUCUAUACAACUGACGAUAAAGUUGGAGCGCUCCCAUUCAAGACUAAUGAUCAGUUCACUUCAAUUGAUCACCUCAUUCAGUUUGGUGAGGGUCUUGGUAUGGAGGUAGGGGAAUUGGAGAAGUUGUGGGAUAAAGUCCUCGGACGAUACCACAGAGCUGUGCAGAGCCUUGUGGUGGGCAUUCUGCAGGAGUCUCAGUAUGCAGUGGAGAAACUAGUUCAUGCUAUUUCCCACAUGAGGACCCCAGAGAGUGCCAAAACUGCAGCACUAGCUGUCCAAAAAGUGGUUUUGAUGGUGGAAUGCCUCACUGUACUGUUUAAAGACGUGAAGGAUAUUCUUCUACUUGGACAGCUGCUAAGGAUGCCAGAAGAAACUCUGGCUGCUAUUGACAGCUACUAUGAAGAAGAUUGUCAUAAGAUGAGCCACAUGUUGUCACUGUGGCUGAUGGAGGAUCAUGAGGAUCCAGUAACUCCUCUCAGAGAUGCCCUCAAUUCUCUGGGGAAAGAAGAAGUCUCUCAGACUCUUGUGCUGUUGACAUCCCUUGACACCCAUGCAGAGGAUGUCACAAACACAUUGUCCGCCAGUGUUGAUAUAAAAGCAGAUGACUUUCCUUGGAAAGGUCAUCUCAUGACUCUGUCCAAUCUGAUGCGAGUAUUCAAGAAGGUCAUAUACCUAGACAGGGUAUCUAAUGCCUUUGGCAUGUCUCCUGAAGCAAUGAGUGGUGAUGAGGAAGAAAGACUUGGAAAGGUUUCCAACUUCUUCCUGGAGAAAAAGCUGACGUGGAAGCACCUGAGAAAGUUGCUGAUCAGACAUAAUGAAAUGCAAGCAGUACAGUUUGUUGACCUGAUGGAACAGUAUGUUCGUGAAGAUGCUCCUCUGACUGCAGUCUUGGCUCACGAAGUAUUGAAGAAAGUUGAAAUUUUAGGCAAUUUUGCAAGCACCUAUGCAUUGCCAGAAGGGAAACUGUUAUAAAAACAAUACAGUUCUAUGUAGAAGAGCCAUACUUUGAACCGUCUUGGAAAAAGAUAGCUCUGGGUCUAUAUCACUCAUAUGAAGACAGAUCCAUUGACUCCCUAUUUCACUACAUGAAGUCUCCUCCUGAAGUGACUCUGACAGUGGCUAAUGUGAAGAACUGUUUGGAGGACUCAGUUCCCAGACACAUGUUCCCCACUCUGGAGAGGGAGCUGGGAGUCCCACAUCGAGACACAAGAGAAGACAGCCACCCUCUCACAGGGAAUGAAACUCUGGCUGCUCUCUAACCCAACUGCCUCCUGGCAGAAAUUUGCCAUAGCUCUUUACUCCUCCACUCUAGAUGGAGCACUGCGGAGGUUGAAGGAACUGAAACUACUCUCUGCUCAAGGUAACUAUUUAUCGUUCCCUUCGCUGGUCUUUUGUUUCUGGUUUAAGUGCAGUACACAUCCUCUUCUGCAAGAUUUUUCGGCUUGUUUUUGUAGGUGCGGCAUUAGAAUUUGAGCCAAUGCACUUCCCUGUAUUAUUAUAUACAAUGAUACACAGUUUUUUUGUUUACAUAGUUUCUCAAAAGCCUUAAAAUAGAAUUCUAG